AUGCCUAAAAAGAAGCAUGAGUUGGAAGUUGACACAGAUGAGUCAGUUGAAAUCUUUAAAUCUCAAAUCUAUACAAUGACAGGAGUAGCUCCAGAAAGACAAAAAAUUAUGACUAAAGGAGUAUUAUUAAAGGAUGAUACUGAUUUUAAUACUUUAAACAUCAAAGAGGGACAAAAAUUUAUGAUGACGGGAACUAUUGGAGAAUUGCCAGAAGUGCCACAUCAAAAAACUUUAUUUAUUGAAGAUAUGUCAGACCAACAGUUAGCAGAAACUAUUACUAUCAGUGACCAAGACAAUCAAAGAAACUUGGUCAUGUCUUUAUGUGAACUUUACAACCAAUUGAAUCUGACAACUGAAGGAUAUUCACCAUGGAACUUUUUACAAACAUUACGAACAGCUUUUCCUCAAUUUGCACAGCGUAAUAAUCACGGAUUUAUGCAACAAGAUGCCGAAGAAUGCUGGUCUCAAAUUGUGUCUUCAUUGAGUGGUCAAAAUCUUCUUUUACCUCAAAAUACUGCUGCAGAAGAAGGAUCAUCAACUUCUAGUACGCAAUCUUCAUUUGUUGAGAAAUAUAUGACUGGUGAAUAUACUUCUGUUUUAAAAUUAAAACAUGAUGGGGAUGAUAAAGAAGCAGCACUAGAUGAAGAACCUGCAUUAGAUGAAGAACUUGAAAAACAUUCACCUACACUAAAUCGACAAGCUAAAUAUACUAAAAAGUCACGUAUUAGUCGUCUGCCUUCAUACCUUACGGUUCAUUUUGUGAGGUUUUUUUGGAAAAGUCAACAACAAAUGAGAGCAAAAAUCUUGCGCAAGGUUAUAUUUCCUUUUGAAUUUGAUGUCACAGAAUUUUGUACAGAUGAAUUAAAGAAAAAAUUAUCACCAGCAAAGAAUCGAUUGAUUGAAUUGGAAAAAGAAAGGGAAGAAGCUAAGGAAAUAGAAGAAAUAAAAAAAAAAGAUGAGUCAGGUAUUGAAGAGGUUAAAAAAUUAAUCGACCCAGAUUUGGUAAAAGAUGUUGGAUCCAAUUUCACAGGAUUGUAUGACCUUUGUGCAGUCUUGACUCAUACUGGACGAAGCGCCGAUUCUGGACAUUAUAUUGCUUGGGUUUCAACUGUAAAACAAGAAGAUAUUCAAAAAUUGAGUGGUAGUGGAGAAAUAAAAAAUGAACUUGGAGAUGGCAGUGGAUGUCCUUACAGGCAGCCUGGAAAUUCUGAAGGAUUAUCAGGAGAUAUGGCGUUGAUGUUCAUAGGGACUGUGUCCUAUUAUCAUGAUUUAUACCAAACCAUAAAACCAAAAAUUUUGAAUAUUGAGAAAUCAUUAAUUUCAUCAAAAACAAGUGGUUAUAAUGGGUUGAAUAGAACAAUUGCUUCUGUUUUUGAAGUGGAAGUUUCUGGUGGAACAGAAAUGUUCCAAACUGGAAUAAUAGAUCAUUGUGUGGAUGAUGUGCUAACAGCUGUGAAGGCUUAUUCAUUAGUAGGGUUAAUCUGA